AUGGAAAUGGAAAAUGCGAGCUUUCCCAACACUUUUGUCCUGCUGGGCUUCUCAGAGUUUCCCUGGCUGGAGAGGCCCCUCUUUGCAGUGGUCCUAGUCUCCUACCUCCUGACCCUAGUGGGGAACAGCUCCAUCAUCCUCCUGUCCCUGGUGGACCGCAGACUUCAGACGCCCAUGUACUUCUUCCUGGACAACCUCUCAAUUCUGGACCUCAGUGUGACUUGCACCAUUGUGCCCCAGCUGCUGACCAACCUGUGGGGACCAGACAAGACCAUUGCUGCCUGGGGAUGCAUCACACAGCUCUACAUUUAUACCUGGACAGGUGCCACUGAAUGCAUCCUGCUGGCCAUGAUGGCCAUUGAUCGCUAUGUGGCCAUCUGCCGGCCCCUCCAGUACACUCUCAUCAUGCAUCCCUGGGUCUGUGUGCAGAUGGCAGCCAUCUCCUGGUCCAGUGGCCUGGCCAUUUCUCUGCUCCAUGCAACACUCACCCUCCAGCUCCCCCUCUGUGGUCACCACACCCUGGAUCACUUCUUCUGUGAGGUGCCUGUCCUCAUCAAGCUGUCCUGUAGGAAUGCCACGGCUAAUGAGAUGGCCCUGGCCAUAGGAGCCAUCCCAUUUGGAAUGCUGGCUCCCCUAAUGGUGGUCAUCUCCUACAUCUUUAUUGCUAGGGCUAUACUGAAACUACCUUCAGCUGAAGGAAGACACAAGGCACUCAGCACCUGCAGUUCCCACUUGCUGGUCGUCACCAUGUAUUUUGGGCCAGGCAUGUACAUGUACCUCCAGCCUCCAGCCAAGAGCACACAGGCCAAGUUUAUGUCCUUCUUCUACUGUGUAUUCACACCGGUGCUUAACCCACUCAUCUACACCCUGAGAAACAAGGAUGUGCAGACAGCAUGGAAGAGAAUCCUGCAAACCCAGGGCAAGUUGAAGUCUUGGAAGGUCAGAAGGUGCCUGCCUGUAUCCUGA